AUGAAUCAUCAAUGAUUACUAUUCAUACUCAUUUCACUUUCAUUUAUAUUAUUCCCAAACACGCCCUUAUGAGUUCUUUCUCUCAAGAUUCCUUCCCUUCCCUCUCCUUCUCUCUUCACUUUUAUUUUCAUCACGAACAAAUACUAAAAUAUCUUAUCAGAACCAGAAAAAUAUGAGCAAACCACAUGGCCACAGGCCUAACUCAGGCCGUACAAAUCUUGCCUCUUGCAUAGUCGCCACCAUUUUCUUGAUCUUUCUCCUCAUCAUUAUCCUCAUAGUAUACUUCACCGUCUUUAAACCCAAAGACCCCAAGAUUUCUGUCACCGCCGUCCAGCUUCCCUCCUUCUCCGUCUCCAACAACACCGUCAGCUUCACUUUCUCUCAGUACGUCACCGUCAACAACCCCAACAGAGCUGUUUUCUCUCACUACGACAGCACCAUCCAGCUCCUUUACUCCGGCGGCCAAGUGGGUUUCAUGUUCAUUCCCGCCGGCAAGAUCCAGGCCGGUCAGACCCAGUACAUGGCUGCCACCUUCGCCGUUCAGUCCUUCCCGCUUGGGGCAGCCGCCUCUGCCGCACAGGCAGCCACUUUUGCAGGGCCGGUACCAACCGGGUUGGGGGGACCCGGAUAUCCCUACCGGGUCGGACCAACUUUGGAGAUAGAAUCGAGGAUGGAGAUGGCCGGUCGAGUGAGGGUUUUGCAUUUCUUUACCCACCACGUUGAGGCUAAAGCUGAAUGCAGAGUCGCCAUUGCUGUGAGUGAUGGAUCUGUGUUGGGUUUCCACUGUUAAUGUUUAGUUAGUCAGCAAUAACUAUUCUUUUUUAUUUGGGCGUGUUUUUGUUAGUUGUAGUUGUUGAUUCUAUAUGUCCAAAUUCGUUGAAGAAGGUUGGAAGUGUAAAAAGAUUUUUUUUUUUUUUUUUUUUUUUUGGUUUUAUGGCUUGUAAGACUUAAGUAGUUUUUAGAUUUUUGUUUAUGGAAAGUGGGUAUUUUCGUUUCUAAUUGAGGUUGAUGAAGGUGAAGAUUUUGAAGAUUGUAGGAAGAAGCAUAAUUGAUAUCUGGGUGUGUUCGAUUAAUUGAGGUUUAAGUAAAGUUGGAUGCUAGUCAAUAUUUACUUUGCUGGUUGAAUAGUCUUGAGACUGAGAGAAUACUGAGAGUUUGGUCCAGGGAUGAGCUUAUUUGAUUAGGUUUUAAAGAAGAAAAAUUUGAUGGAUGACAGGUUUGGGGAUCUUCACCAAACAUUUGGAAACAAUAAAAUGAGGUCUGAAAAUUGAGGAAAUUGUGAGUGGGGAAAGAAGAAAAUGGUGGAGAGUGCA